UGCAUGUGAGUGAUUCUGAAUCCAGUUCAUCAGAGAUGUGCAAUAUUAUUUAUAGAACACCCCUGAAGUCACAGUUUGAUAUCGCCUUUAUACAACAGAAAAAUGUAACAGCACAUUUAAGUGAGGACAAACAAAUAAGAUUCGGAAAAGCUGUUGAGGGUGAAGUAGUAUAUGUGAUAGGUCAUGCUAUAUUUAGAGGGCAAGGGGACACGUUGCCAAUGGUUUGUAGAGGCAUUGUAUCAAAGAUUGUGCAACACAAUAAAGUCCCUGUCAUGUUACAGACAACUUGUGCAGUUCAUGCUGGUGUGAGUGGUGGUGGUGUAUUUAAUACCCGUGGACAGCUGGUAGCAAUAGUGGUCUGCAAUUCAAAGGAUACAGUAUCAGGGGCGUGUUACCCUCAUGUCAACAUGUGUGUUCCCAUAGAAACAGUAGCAUCUGUCAUCAGACAUUAUCUACAAACUUCAGAUGAAGACAUACUAAGAUCUCUUCAUGUUAGGAAUGAUGCUGUAAAACGAAUAUGGAGUAUUGGAACGGAGGAUUGCACCAUGAUAAGCCGUAUAUGAGAAGAGAUUUAUGUCACAGAUGGUUUCCAGAUUACUAAUGGUGAACAGAGUACACCAUUCUUGAACACCACUUAAAGACACCAGAUCCUCUGUGACAAUUUCUGGAGAGAUAUGGAAGGCCAUCUGUGACACACUUGAACAUCAUUUGAAAACUUCAGAUCAUCAUUGUUAAUUUCCAAAGAUAUAUGGAAGGCCAUCUGCGACUCACUGUACAUCACUUGAAGGCUCCAGCCAUCUGUGACAGACCAUACUAGAACAUCUCUUGUUGGCUCCAGAUCAUCUUUGUCAAUUCAUGAAGAAAUCUGGAAAGCCAUCUGUGACCCACUAUACAUGGAUAUCACUCAAUUCCUUCAUUAGGCAAUAUGUAAAUGAAUUUAUAAAGUUUUCCUGUUAAGAAAGGCUGCUUAACAAUGCACACAUGUCACAGGAUGUUUUGUUUUGCAUGGCUCAAAGCAAAGAAGAUGGAAACUGGUGAAAAGAUUGGAUCUGGUAAAGCAUCAGUUCUUUAGAAAUUGUAUGACCAUUUUUAGCCCACCAUCAUCAGAUGGUGGGCUAUUCAAAUCACUUUGCGUCUGUGGUCAGUCGUCUGUCCUUCCAUCCGUCCAUUAACAAUUUCUUGUUACCACAUCUUCUCAGAAACUACUGUGGGGAUUUUGACCAAACUUUGUCAGAAUGAUGUAUUGGUACCCUAGUUGUGUCCCCCUGAAAAUCAGACUGGUUCAACACUUUUUGAGUGAGUUAUGCCCCUUUGUUUAUUUUGAUUUCUAAUAUAAUUUUAUAUCCAGUGGCCCUCCAAGUAGUUAACUGUUUUUUUAUGGCCUUACCUGUAGAAGAGUCAUAAAGUCUGCAGACACUAAUGAGAUAAUGAUUCAAGUUGUUCAUCAUUUUCCUAUUACACCUCAGCAGUGAAUGGAUUAACCUAGUAGAUUGGUGAUUAAUUUGUUUUGUACUCAAAUUUCUGGGUUAAAUUAUUAGUUAUAAUAGAAGUAAUUAUGUGUGCAUUCUUUGUUUCCAUAAUAAAAAAAAAAAAUAAUUGCAUAUAACUCAUUAAUGGUGUCAUCUCUUUUGUUAGCCCACCAUCAUCAGAUGGUGGGCUAUUCAAAUCACUCUGCGUCCGUGGUCCGUCGUCCUUCCGUCCGUUAACAAUUUCUCGUUAUCGCAUCUCCUCAGAAACUACCAGGGGGAUUUUGACUAAACUUUGUCAGAAUGAUGUAUUGGUACCCUAGUUGUGUCCCCCUGAAAAUCAGACUGGUUCAACAAUUUUUUAGUGAGUUAUGGCCCUUUGUUUAUUUCUAUAAUUUACAUAGAUUUAUAUAGGGAAAAACUUUGAAAAUCUUCUUGUCCAAAACCACAGAGCCUAGGGCUUUGAUAUUUGGUAUGAAGCAUCAUCUAGUGGUCCUCUACCAAGAUGAUUCAAAUUAUUUCCCUGGGGUCUAAUAUGGCCCCGCCCUGGGGGUCACUUGGUUUAUAUAGACUUAUAUAGGGAAAAACUUCGAAAAACAUCUUGUUCAAAACCACAGGGCCUAGGGCUUUGAUAUUUUGUAUGUGACAUCAUCUAGUGGUCUUCUACUAAGAUUGUUCAAAUUAUCCCCCUAGGGUGAAAUAUGGCCCCGCCCCGGGGGUCACAUGGUUUACAUAGACUUAUAUAGGGAAAAACUUUGAAAAUCUUCUUGUCCAAACCACAAAGCCUAGGGCUUUGGCAUUUGUAUUGUAGCAUCAUCUAGUGGUUCUCUAUCACGUUUGUUCAAAUUAUCCCCCUAGGGUCAAAUAUGGCCCCGCCCGGGGGGUUACAUGGUUCAUAUAGACUUAUAUAGGGAAAAGCUUUUAAAAUCUUCUUGUCAGUAACCUACAACAUACAAAUUUGUAUGGUUUUGAGUGGCAAGAUGAACCUUGACAUGAGUUGACCUUGAUUUUGACCUAGUGACCUACUUUCACAUUUCUGUAGCUACAGCCUUCAAAUUUGGACCACAUGCAUAGUUUUGUGCACUGAAAAGAAGAACUUUGACCUUGACAUUGACCUAGUGACCUACUUUCACAUUUUUGAAGGUACAGGCUUCAAAUUUGGACCACAUGCAUAGUUUCGUGUUCCAAAAUGAAAUUUGACCUUGAUUUUGACCUAGUGACCUACUUUCACAUUUCUCAAGCUACAGCCUUCAAAUUUGGACCACCAGCAUAGUUUUGUGUACCGAAACAAACUUUGACCUUUACAUUGACCUAGUGACCUACUUUCACAUUUUUGAAGGUACAGGCUUCAAAUUUGGACCACAUGCAUAGUUCUGUGUUCCGAAAUAAAGUUUGACCUUGAUUUUGACCUAGUGACCUACUUUCACAUUUCUUGAGCUACAGCCUUCAAAUUUGGAGCACUUGCAUAGUUUUGUUUACCGAAAUGAACUUUGACCUUAAGAUUGACCUAGUGACCUACUUUCACAUUUCUGUAGCUACAGGCUUCAAAUUUAGACCACAUGCAUAGGAUUGUGUACCGAAACAAACUUUGACCUUGGCAUUGACCUAGUGACCUACUUCCACAGUUUUCAAGCUACAGCCUUCAAAUUUGGACCACUUGCAUAGUUUUGUGUACCGAAAUAAACUUUGACCUUAAGAUUGACCUAGUGACCUACUUUCAAAUUUCUCAAACUACAGCCUUCAAACUUGAUGCACAUGCAUAGUUUUGUGUACAAAGAACUUUGUCCUUGAAAUUGAUCUAGUGACCUACUUUCACAUUUUUCAAGCUACAGCUUUCGUGUUGUGUACGGAAAUGAAAUUUGACCUUGAGCUAGUCAGUAAGUCUUUUAAUUUGGAACACUCAAAAAUGGCACAUUGGUGGGCGCUAAGAUCACUCUGUGAUCUCUUGUUUAGAGUAUGGGUUUAAUUAUUAGUUAUAAUAUAAGUAAUUAUAUGUGCAUUCUCUGUUUCCAUAAUAAGAAAAAAAGAUUGUAUAUAACUCAUUAAUGGUGUCAUCUCUCUUGUUUAGGGUCAAGGUUACUUAUUUUGAUCUAGUGACCUACUUUUUUUGUUUUUAGCUUACAACAUUCAAAUUUGGACCGCAUGUAUAGUUUUGAGUGGGUAGAUGAACCUUGACAUGAGUUGACCUUGAUCUUGUCCUAGUGACCUACUUUCACAUUUCUGUAGCUACAGCCUUCAAAUUUGGACCACAUGCAUAGGUUUGUGUACCGAAAUAAACUGACCUUGACAUUGACCUUGUGACCUACUUUCACAUUUUUGAAGGUACAGGCUUCAAAUUUUGACCACGUGCAUAGUUUUGUAUUCAGAAAUAAAAUUUGACCUUGAUUUUGACGUAGUGAGACCUACUUUCACAUUUCUCAAGCUGCAGCCUUCAAAUUGGGACCACAUGCACAGUUUUGUGUACCGACAUGAACUUUGACCUUGAGUUUGACCUAGUGAUCUACUUUCACAUUUCUAAAGCUACAGGCUUCAAAUUUGGACCACAAGCAUAGUUUUGUAUUCUGAAUUGAAAUUUGACCUUGAUUUUGACCUAGUACCUACUUUCACAUUUCUUAAGCUACAGCCUUCAAACUUGAAACACAUGCAUAGUUUUGUGUACGGAAAUGAACUUUGACUUUGAUCUAGUGACCUACUUUCACAUUUCUCAAGCUACAGCUUUCAAAUUUGGACCACAUGCAUGGACCACAUGUAAAGUUUUGUGUACCGAAAUGAACUUUGACCUUGAUUUUGACCUAGUGACAUGUUUGUGCUUUGCUCAUAGCACAUUCAUAUAUUGACCAAUCUCUUUGAUAUUUGGUAUGUAAGUACCUUGUAUGGAGCCAAAAUUACCAAUUGGUAUUAGAGGUCACUGGAUCCAAGGACUGUGAUGACCUGGAUUCUGACAUAGUGACCUACUUUCAGGAUUUUGAGCUAGUCUUGAAAUUUGAACAUUCAAAAAUGACUCAAUGGUAGGCGCCAAGACCACUCUGUAAUCUCUUGUUAGUAUAUAGUUACAGCAUCUGGCUUGGAAUCUUGAUUACUAUGACAUUGUUAAGUUUUGUUGGCAUGGAACUUUGUGGUUUUGUCAAAAACUGCUCUUUCAUGAAUUCUUGGAUUUCAACAUUUGGACUCAAGAAAAAUGAAAACUUCAUUAUUUGUUUGUUUAAUUUUGAUGAUUGAUGUAAUCAUGAAAUCCAUGUAUUAAUA